AUGGCAACCGACGCGCUGCAGGGCCCGCCCCAGGUUCCCAUGGUAGCGGCAACCUUUAUGGUCCCUGGACAGGGCCAUGUGACCUUUGAGGACGUGGCGGUGUCCUUCUCCCAGGAGGAGUGGGGGCUCCUCGGCGAGGCUCAGAGACUCCUGUACUAUGACGUCAUGCUGGAGAACCUGUCCCUGAUCGCCUCCCUGGGGUGUUGGCGUGGAGGAGAUACCAAAGAGGCCAGUUCUGAGCAGUGUGUUUCUGCAGAACAACACCAAAGAGUCCACACUGGAGAAAGACCCUAUGAGUGUCAGGAAUGUGGGAAAGCAUAUGCCCGCAAGGAUUCACUUGUCCAGCACCAAAAAGUCCACACUGGAGAGAAACCUCAUAAGUGCAGUGAAUGUGGGAAGCUCUUCUUGUACAGAAAUAAACUCCUUGUGCACCAGAGAAUCCACACUGGAGAAAAGCCUUUUAAGUGCACCGAAUGUGGGAAAUCCUUUAGUUACAAAACAAGUCUUAUUAUCCACCAGAGAACUCACACUGGAGAAAGGCCUUAUAUGUGUGGUGAUGAAUGUGGGAAAGGGUUCAAGAGGAAAAUCACACUUGAUGAGCACCAGAGAAUCCACACUGGAGAAAGACCCUAUAGAACCCACAGUGGAGAAAGGCCUUAUGCAUGUGAGAGAUGUCCCAAGACCUUCACGUAUUCCUCUCGGUUCAGAGUUCACCAGAAAAGACACAAUAAUGAGAGGACAUAUAUUUGUGCCGAGUGUGGCAAAGGCUUCUUCCAGGCAUCAGACCUCCACGUGCAUCAGAGGAUUCAUACAGGAGAGAAGCCCUUCGCGUGCAGCACAUGUGAAAUGGCCUUCACCCACAAAACCAACCUUCGGGCUCAUGAGAGAACCCACACGGGAGAGAAGCCCUAUGAACCUUAUGGAUGCCUUGAAUGUGGAAAAUCUUUUAGUGAGAAAUCUCUCCUUGUUCAACACCAGAGAGUUCACACUGGAGAAAAGCCUUAUGAGUGCAGUGGAUGUGGGAAAUCCUUUAGUCAGAAAUCUGUCCUCAUUCAACACCAAAGGGUUCACACUGGAGAAAAGCCUUAUGAAUGCAGUGAAUGA